AUGAACGACUCACUUGCUACCGUUUUGGAUUUAUCGUUGAACAUCCGUGACAAGGAUGCUGUGAUGAAAGAAGUAAAAGAAGUUUUUGCCAAGCACGGCUUUACUGUUGAAUUCAAUAAGAACACUGUUGACGCUCCAUUGCCAUCGCCAUCUGGCGUUGGUGCUAAUACUGCUACUACUGCUCCUACUACUACCACUACGACGACGAUUGCCGGCGACCACAAAAAGCACGCUGGAGAAGAGGAGGACCGCCGGUUGCGAAGACAGCAGGCAGCAGCAGCAGCAGCAGCAGCAUCUUCUUCAUCAUCAUUAAGAACAACAACAGCAACAACCAGUAACAGCAGCAACAACAACGCGACGACAAUGAUCCCCAGCAGCAGCAACAAUGACAACAGCAACAACAAUCCAAAUUCUGCUCGUAUGGUUUAUGAUCUGGACGACGAAGACAUUGACUUGAACGAUUUUGAGGAGACCCCUACUACUACUGCCGCACCAAUACAUCAUCAUCAUCAAACAGCAACAACGCCGCCACUGCCACCUACCACCACCGCCAUCAUCCUACAACGCACACAGCAGACUGCACACUCACAGCCCGAAUACGACGACAUAAACACGCAGUACAGCCAAGAAGACGUCAGUAGCCAAGUUGUUUUGUCUGAUGGCGGAUCAAUGAAGAAUACAUGGCGCAAUGGCGGAAAGCUUGUCAGUGAAAUCGACUUUAUUUGUUCAACGCAUCCAGAGCAUAGGCUCAAGGUCAUCGACAACGUGCACAACUGUUUACAGUUCUUGGAAAGCAACAAUCAAUCACUCAACUUUGACGACAGCGCCUCACUUAUCAACGCACGACACCUUGAACAACAACAACAAGCCGCCAUUCUGAGCAGAGCAACAAGAAGCAAAGCCAAAUUGAACCUACUCGACAGCGCCAGCAUUGCCGUUGCCAUGAUGCAGAUCAUUCAAAACAUCAACAUUGUCUAUUGUCGUUAUAUCUAUCAUAAAGUCAAAAAAGGGAAAAAACGAGUUUUUGAUCAAGGCGUGUUUCCAUAUAAAGACGAAAAAACAGCACAAAGUAUGAUGGCCAAGAUGAAGCAAGGAGUGCGGCGAUAUAUGCACCUGAUUCGAGUUUGUGGACCUGAUAUUGCAUUGCUGCCGUUGACAUUUAACCCAUGGAAUCUGGAGGAGAUGAGCGAAGAAACGUUUCUACAUGCAUUGAAUAAUUCGAAUAUUGAAGUUGUAAAGCGAAAGUUGAGGGAUUUCCGUACUACCGAUCGAUUGGUGCCGACUGUUGUAAAUAGAAUUGUGCAAAUGGCGAACAAUGACCAACAUGUUUUUCAAGGAAACAACACUCAGUGCCAGCAGCAACAACAGCUACAAAGCAGCACGCCCGUUGAAAGAAUGGACUUGGAGGAUUAA